CUCUCCUCCCCUCCCCUCCCUCGGCCGGCGGCCGGGAGGCGCUGAGCUUUUUAGCUGCGGCGGACCCGGCGGGAGGGAUCCAGAUCUCCGCGAUCUUACCCGAAGGGAGCGCUGUGCCCGGUGGCAGCCACAGUUCUCAGCCGAGUUCUGCCUCCGCGUCCGCGCCAGCCCAGAGUCCGCAGGAGCAGACGGUGCGUCCCGGCGCGGCAAGAGGAUGGUCAUCCGCGUGUUCAUCGCCUCCUCCUCGGGCUUCGUGGCGAUAAAGAAGAAGCAGCAAGAUGUGGUUAGAUUUCUGGAAGCUAACAAGAUAGAGUUUGAGGAGGUGGAUAUCACAAUGUCAGAAGAACAGAGGCAAUGGAUGUACAAAAACAUCCCCCCGGAAAAGAAGCCUGCUCAGGGCAACCCUCUGCCACCUCAGAUAUUUAAUGAUGACCGCUACUGUGGCGAUUAUGACAGUUUUUUUGAAUCAAAGGAAAGCAACACAGUCUUUUCAUUCUUAGGCCUGAAAUCACGUUUGGCAUCAAAGGCAGAACCUUAGGGAAGACGAGUGGAAGGUGACGGAGAUGCAUUUUGGAGCGCCCCCUGGUACUCAGCACACACCUGCUUACCUAAUGCAUCACUGUGACAAAAGCCACGUGCAUCAUCAGUAACUUUGCUUGCAUUGGAAAAGGUGUUUUUGGAAGACGUGGGUAUAAUGGGGGGAUUGCAUGAUUGCUUUAAACCAAAUCAGAACUGUGGUGGGUUUUUUCUUAUUUUCGGAAUUGCCUGCAGUUGCCUCACUCACCUGGAGGUGGUGUAACCUGUUACAGGUGUGCUUCCUUAAUGACUGAAAAAUAAGUGGGUAGCGCCAUCAGAGACAAAAUGUUGAGUCUGCCCUAGGUUGUAGUUGGUGCCAGUAUUGCUCAGACCUGCUUCUCUUUAAGCUGCCUAGAUUGUAUCCUUAAACUUAGUCUGCCAGGCUGUUAGAAUGUUUUGAUCAGAAAGAAAAAAAAAAAAGAAAGAAAUGGCUGAUUGACAAAGGGAUGAAGAUUUUUGCUGCAGAAUCACAAAUGUCACUAUUCCAGUGCUUCAUCAUAACACCUAUAGAAAAGGUUGGAUGUUCUAGCCUCCUUUUGGUAAUGUAAAUUGUUACCCCCAUAAACCCUCCAGGCUCCUACAGAUGUUUCCAAAAGUCACUAUUGCAACAAUGUGUGAUUAGAACCAAGUUACAGGGAUGGAAGUUAAUUGUUAUUUUGGAAAAUAAAUGCUUCUUUAUGUAUUACAAGAGGAAAGUUUCAACUAAAUGCAUAAGACUGCUUAAAAGAUAUAUUUUAAGAAGUGCACUAAUUAGAUAGUAAAUUCAUAGGAAAAUUAUCUGACCCAUACAUAUCCAGAGGCAUUUUAGCUCUAGCAACUCGUUAUGCAUAAGUGCACAUAUAUUUUUAAAUGCAGUUCCCCUAACUAAUAGCUGCUUAUUCUAUUUUGUGAAGGGAUUAUAUUUUUUUGAGAAAGGAAGAUCUUGGUUAGACAUAUUUUGUGAACCCUUGAUGAGGCAUAUUAAAAGAUACUAAUAUUACUGUACAAUUUUGUUUUCCUGUGUUACGGUUCAUUGGUCCUCUUACUUUGCUGGUUCAUAUUUCUGGCCAAUGCACAGAUUUUUCAGAGUCAUGUAGAUACAUGUUCUCAUUCCAUAUAUGAGCCCCGUAAGUUUUCAGAGCAGCAUAGAGAUUUUAGUUGCCAAACAUGGGAACAGUUUUGAAUAGGAUAAACUAUCAGAGGGCUGCCUAAAAUAUUCUGCGAUCCUCAGCAUCCCGAUGCUGGACCUGCUGUUGAGAUUCUGAGCAGGAAGUUUGUAAGAAAUGUAAAAAACAGAAGAAUUAAAGCCCUGUCACAUGGGUCCUCUCACCCUCCAACUUGCUAAAUGUGGACUAUUCUAAAGAACUCUUUAGAAUGAAUGCUAAAACUGAAAUCCCAGCCUGAGAUUUGCAGUCCAGGACUACAACCGGAAGAAAAGCCACAGACUUCUAACUGACUGGAACAGAUACACGCUCCACAAUUUUCUCGCCAAGGAAAGCUAUUAUGAAAUCAUGGGUAUUACUGCUUAGUUGGCAUUAAGUAAUAUGCAAGUCACAUUGCAUUAGAUAAAUCCCAGGGACUAUCCAGGAAUAUUUUUUUUUCCUAAACUGGAUAUUGUGUUUGAGUAUGUGUGUCUUCUGAUAAGACUUAGAGUUUCUUUUUAAGAUACAACAAUUUAAAAGUUUAAUAUUAUAAUCUAACUUAUAUUUAGUCUACUCUUGCCAGUGGGCACCAAGGACAAACUUGGAAAGAUAGAGGCUUUGCAAGAUAAAUUCUGGGGUGGUAGGAUCCACACCAUUCUUGCUAGACAAAGAAAGCAACUCGGAUUUGUCUGAAAACUUUUGAAUUACUAUGGUUAUAGGCGGCCCAGUAUGAUUCUCCUAAACUGACUAAAUAGGAGUGCUCACUUACGUAACAGUUACACAUCAUCUCCGCCCAGCCCCACUUUUUUUUGUUUGUAUGUUUUUGAUCAGCACAACCAAAUGGUGCCGGACUCGCUAUGAGUGACCUAGAAGCACAGGGUGUGUGGCAUUAACGUGGUGCCUGGGGUCUGCAGAGUACUGAGGGAUUGCCCUCUGGGACCACACUGUGUUCGGAGAAUAUUUUGUCCUUGCUUAUACUAUUUUGCCAGCUGAGUUCCAAACAUGUAAUGACUUUCUUAUUCCCUUUAACUAGCUGCCUUUAGACGGGGAUAAUCACAGUCUUCAAAGCCUAGGAAAGAAGUGAAUGGGAAUUGCAGGCACAAAUAUAAUAUCAAAGGGCAUUUCAAGACAGAAUUUUUAUUUCCUGUAGUAGGCUUGUUGUGGCAAAGGAAAUGUGCUGCUAAAAAUCAAAGUAUGCCAUUUUCAAAUUGGAUAAAAUACAGAGUGCCAUCCUGCUAGGUAUAUGCAGACCAAGAGGAAAUUUAGUUGGGGAAAUAAUUGUUUUUCCAAAUUCUGGUGUUCUCUUAAAAUCAAAGAGGAGAAAAGGAAGAUUUUUUUUUCUCUCAGACCUUAAUAUAUUUUAGAUUUGUUUCUUUUUUAUAGAUUUAUUCAAUACCUGCAUAUGGAUGUUUUUAUAUUACAUGAAUUCAAUAAUGAACUAAACUUAUUUUUGUCCUUUGUUAUUGAAAGGUACCAAAGCCUCUUUCUGUUUUGUUUGUUUUGUUCUGUUUUGUUUCAUUUGAUUUUGCUACAUAGGGUUUUGCUUUUUCUAGAAAUGCUUUUCAUUUAACAGCUUUUCUUAAGUAUCAGGGCCCACUUUGAUCUGCAUAAUUAUUGUUUUUAGAUUUCAGUUUGUAUGCAUUUGUCUCUAAGGGCAUUGGUGAAAUCUCAGAUUUUAUAUUCAUUAAAGAGGAAUAAAUUCCAGAAAACGCA